AUGACUUGGGGCAAGCCAGCAGUAUUAAUAAUUGCGGCUGUAAUAGCCGUUUCGGCCGUUACACCACCACCAAAUCAUGUUAUCCUGAACGAAAAGCGAAAACACAUCGAAGCUGACACUCAUUGGACGGAUAGUAAGACACAAGAACGGGUAUGACAUUAAGCUUUGUAUUUUUAAUUAUUCUGACAGGUAACAUCUGAAAAAGCUGUCGGAAACGCAUAAACUUUCGAGUUAAUCAGGUCAUGGAUAAUAUCGAGUAAAUUAACAAAUAAUUCCGUCAUUUCCUAUUGAUACUUUAUAAAAAAUAACCUUUUUAAGCUAACAGAGUUACAUAUUAUCCAUGAUAAAAUUUUAAAAAUCUAAAUAACAAAUCAGAUUUUUGGUGUUAUUACCUAAAAUCCCAUAACAAACAAAAACUAAAAUAACUCACAUUCCAGGUAGGAUUAGAUGCAUCUGAUGCUGAGAAGGUCGUUCUUGAUCUGAUUGACCGUCAGAAGCAGUUGUCAGCUUCGGCUCACGGUAACAACGCCGCAGCUCAACUUGAAGGCGGAGAACGUGCUCAAGUCCAGCGAUUUGGAGACAAAGGUGGUCUUGCUCAAGCUGGCGGGCAUAAGUAAGUUCUUAUACGUCGAUUCUUGCUCGCUUGGACUAUAAUUUACCUAAUAUUAUGUGUUUUUCCUUAUUUUUCCUUUGAAAAUCAAGAAUGAACUCAAAAAUCAAUGUUGACGUUCUGUUACACAAAUUAUUGAUUUUUAGAACGGCGUCUUUAUCGAUAAACCUUGAUUUACAGAGCUCAACUUCGACUUCAAAAUGAAACAGACACGGAAAGACAUGCUUUAUUGAAGGCUGAUGGUAAAUACGAAUUAGAUACGAUAGCUGAAGGAGAUCUAAAGGAUCCAAAGAACACUAGAUUCAAAGCCACAAACGACCGUUUUGACUUUAAGUUGAACCCGGAUUCUCAAACGAAAAAUGAAGGAGAAGGUACACUGAGCUUCAAGGUAUAUUUUUCUAUCUUUGGGAGUUAAUUUGGAACUUAUUUUAAAUGAUUUCGUUGAGAUUUGGCAUGGUUAAUAUAAUUUUUUUUCGAAAAAUUUUGAAAAUUGAAGUGUUUGGUUGUUUGAUCAAUGAAAAUUGAUGUGAUUAAUAUUUUUAGAGCCAGAAAAACGUUUUCUAACUACUAUUUGAACUUUUACAGGACCGGCAAAACAAUACCCAAGGAACAUACGCCUAUACCAUCUCCCAAAAUGGCAAGAAAACCGACGCCCAACUCAGUGCUCACGAUAUCGGUGGAUCAGAACUAGAGCAGUCAUUGUUUGGCCGACGUAGUGAUCGCUAUAGAUGUUCGGCCGAAACGCCUGGCGUCUCACAAUGUUAUGAUGCUCAAGGCCGGUCGGCUGGCAAAGUUGUGGCCGAUAAGAAUGGGAAUACCGUGGUAUAUAACGACAAGGAUGUGCCUAUUGGCUCUGGAACAGUUAGGAAAUUGUCUAACACAAGUUAUGAAGCUGUUAUCAGCAAGAAUUUGUUCAUUGCGAGACUGAAGGAUAUCAGAAGAACAACUUGUUGCAAAGAGCUGAGCGGCCGAGAUUGUAUUUCACAGAUCAAACUGGCCAAUCCCAAGUUCUCAAGUCCAUAUAAUCGAGAUGACGACGGUAAUGUGCAGAUUACUUGGCCAGAUUGCUUUGACAUGUCAAUUGAUGUCACGCUGCCACCUGGAGUCCACAUUAAUAAGUUGGCUAUGAAGUUGGAUGUUAGUAUUCAACCGAUUGGUAAACUGAGGUGUAUGGACGUUGCUACUUGUGGCAGAGAGUGCUAUUAUUGUGAUUGGUGCAAGGGGUCUAGGUAGGUUAAUAUUUUUUAAAUUUUUGAAAAAUUUUAAAUUUUAAAAACCAAACAUUUUUAGAAAACUUCAACUUCUGGAAAACACUGAUGGAAACCUGUGCCGUGCCACUGAAGAUCGUACUUAUCGCUUGACAGUCAAGCUUUGUCCUCCACCUGAAAACCCUGAAUUCACGAUGUGCUCAGCGUUCUCAAAAAGCAUCUGGCAAAAGGAUUACUGGCAGAAACAAGGUGCCGUUGAUGUUUGGAUGAAGUUCUACGAACGUGGACAACGACGUGAAGAGGUAUUGUCUUUUAAAAUCCAUUAAAAUUAGAUUUUUCAAUUGUACUUACUAUAAUAUCGAUAUUUUUGGUCUUUUUUCAUUAUUUCUUAAGCUUUCACAAUAUUUUAUUAUCUUAAAGAUAAUACGUGUAUUUUUACAGCUAGAAAAGGCUUUCUUCUCGGAGCUGGACAACCCGCUUCUAGGGAAAGCCUUCAAAUUGGCCAUGGUUGGAGAAUGGCUAGCAGCUAAUGGUCUUGACGUAAGUUUAAUAUCUAAAGUUGUUUACCUGUGCGUACAGGUUAAAGAACAGUACAAAGAGAUUAUGUUUUACGUGAUGCGUGGGAUAGAUAUUAUCUUAGAGAUCUUUGAAACAAGUUUUGAGGAGUUAUAUUGUUUUAGGUUGAUAUUGGGCUUGGUGGUGGGGAAAGUGGUAUAUUUUGUGAAUUAAUGGCUUGUAUGGAUAGUUUUUAAGCAAGAACAUGAAAAAAUGUGUUAGAAAUGUAACAAUUAUUACAAAGUUGGCUUAGCUUUAAUUUAAAUCGACUUCAGAUGAAUUUUAUAUUGUAGUAGGUCAACUGAAGCAAUUUUUUCAAAAAACAUGUCAAAGAUCACUCAAAGUAAACUCAAUACAACAAUAAUUUUAAAAUAAAGCUAAAAACAAUAUAUAAAUCACAAAACGAACAAUUUUGUAGCAAGGAAGUUACACUCCAACCAACUCUGAGCUCCUGGAGUACUGGGUUUCCAAACGUGAGCCUGAUCGUUUGUUAACCUGCGAGCAUGCUGUUAUUGACUAUGAAAUCGAAGGUGCCAAAGUGAAAACAAACGUGCUUUUUGAAGCUGCUACUACUGCUGGAUCGGUAAAUAUGCUUUUUGAAAAAAAAAUUUUUGAGGAAAAUUCAGCUUGGUCCCCCCCCCCUGUGGAUUUUUUUGGGCAAAAAGAUUUUUUUUUAAUUUUUUAAAAAUUUUAAUUGAAAAAAUCGUAUUUUAGUUGCCAAACAUCUUCAAAGACAAAAAGUGCGCUGCUUUUGAGAAGUUGCAAGAACAGCGAUUCCAACAAGAAGUUCAAAACUACAAAAAAAGCGGUGCCAAAGGCAAUAUCUUGAGUGGAUUGGGAAACCUCUUCCACGGCUAA